UUAAUUUUUGCUGAGAAAAAUGAAGUUUUUCAUAAUUUUAGGUUUAUUAGUGCCCUUUUGUGUAGCAACCAAUGAAAAAGAAACUCUUGUGCUCGUAGACAAUCUAAUUAUUAGAGAAACACACUCACAAUUCUUCAAGUCCUUGCAGGAUCGUGGUUACACCCUGACAUUCAAAUUGGCUGAUGAUGCCAACUUAAUGCUGUCUAAAUAUGGCGAAUAUUUGUACAAGAAUUUGAUUGUGUUCGCGCCGACGGUAUUGGAGUUCGGUGGGCAGAUCGACACGGAGGCGAUUACGAAGUUCAUCGACGAUGGUGGUAAUCUGCUCAUGGCUGGCAAUGCCGCUGCUGGUGACGUGUACAGGGAGAUUGCGUCGGAAUGUGGCUUUGAGAUGGAUGAAGAAUCGGCUGCUGUAAUUGACCACUUUAACUAUGAUAUGUCGGAUGAGGGAGAACAUACAAGAGUAGUUGUUUCACCCAAGAACCUGAUUAAUGCACCUAUCAUAGUUGGGCAUCACAACACCCAGCCUCUGCUGUUUGAGGGCACGGGUCUCAUUCUGGAUAAGGACAACAGUUUGGUCAUGCCUAUUCUGACUGCUGACAGUACAGCAUACAGCUAUAACCCAAAGAACCAGGUCAAGGAGUACCCACACGCUGUUGGCCGGAAAACGGUCUUGAUCGCCGCCCUGCAGGCCAGGAACAACGCUCGCAUCCUCUUCAGUGGCUCUCUUUUCUUCUUCUCAGAUGAAGCCUUCACUUCUCGCGUUAACAAAGUCCAUGGAGAUAAGGUACAAGCAGACUUAUCAGGCAAUAAGGCUCUUGCCGUGCACCUGAGCGAGUGGGCCUUCGGCGAGCGCGGCCGCCUGCGCGUGCGCCGCGUGCACCACCACCGCCAGGGAGACAAGGGAUCCUCUGACACUUACACCAUUACUGACACUGUCGUAUACCGUAUCGAAAUCGAAGAGUUGAGGGCUGGUCAAUGGCAACCAUUCGAAGCCAAUGACGUUCAGCUAGAGUUCGUUCGUAUCGACCCCUUCAUACGCACCACAUUGCAGAAAAGACCCAAUGGAGUAUACGAAGCUGUAUUCAAAGUGCCUGAUGUAUGGGGAGUGUACCAGUUUAAGGUGGACUAUGACCGUGUUGGGUACACUAGACUUUAUCAUUCCACACAGGUGUCAGUCCGGCCCCUACAACACACUCAAUAUGAGAGAUUCAUUCCAAGCGCAUACCCGUACUACGUGAGCGCAUUCUCCAUGAUGAUUGGUGUGUUCCUGUUUUCGUUUGUCUUUCUUUACUACAAAGAAGAUACAAAGACGAAAUCUGAUUAGAAUAUUGAAUGAUGGCUCAUUUAAGAUUGGUUAUUUACACUACAUAGUCGAGUGUAGUGACCGGUGAUACGAGCCCUAGAUGUUAGAAUAUUCCUUAUUUUCAUUUUCUAGUGUUGUAUGUUCAUAAAACGUGUCAGCGAAUGAGGUCCACAAAUAAUAUUUGUUACUUUAAAUGAAAUGGGUAAUGUUGUAAUCGAAU